AUGGCGGAAACUGAAAAUCUGCAAAUUGAUCACAAUCACUCGUUGUUUUUGCAACAAACAGACACGCUUGGGAUAACACUGAUCGACAUCAAGCUCACAGGACCUGAGAAUUAUGCAUUAUGGAGCAGAUCGAUGAGGAUGGCAUUGUUGGUGAAGAAUAAGCUAGGGUUCAUCGACGGAACAUGCUUGAAAAGCUCUUACAGAGGUCCAUUAGGGCAUCAAUGGGAACGAUGCAAUGUUGUAGUGCUUUCGUGGAUCGGUCACACUGUUUCUGCAGAAUUACAACCUAGUAUCAUCUAUGCAUCUGAUGCGAGAAAGGUAUGGAAUGAAUUUAAAGAGCGAUUUAACAAAUCAAAUCUUACUAGGUUCUAUCAUUUGUGGUUAACAAUAGGAACCCUAAGACAAGGAACAGAUUCUAUAAUAACUUACUAUACUAAAAUGAAAGAUUUGUGGGAUGAAAUGGAUCUGAUGGUACCAGGAGCAGGGUGUGACUAUGAGGAAACUAGACCUUUUCUGGAUCAGUUCAAAAACCUGUGUUUGUUACAAUUCCUUGUUGGUUUGAACGAGAGUUACAGUCAUGUGAGAAGUCAAAUUCUUCUGAAAACACCUGUAUUGACUGUAAAUCAAGCUUAUGCACUAGCAGUUCAAGAAGAAAGUCAACGUACACUUAGUAUAGCUGGUUCAGAUAAGGAACCUUUAACUAUGCUAGCUGGAAGAGGGCAAGGCUUCAAGGCUGCAAAGAAACCAGGCCUCAUAUGUGACUACUGUGGGUAUAAAGGUCGCUUGAAGGAAAAUUGCUAUAAGAUCAUAGGCUAUCCACCAGACUUCAAAAGUAAAAGGAAGCCUCAGAACACUGGAGUAAAGGGAUAUGCUAAUGUAUCAACAAGAGAAGGAGGAAGUUCUGACACCAAUUCUCAGAUGCAAGGGCAUCUUUUUAUAGAAGAACAGUACAAACAAUUGCUGAACCUUAUAAACAAACCAGAUCCUGAACUAGGUGAAUGUCAUACCUUAAUGACAGGUAUACCUUUUUUUUUGUCCAAAGCAUUUGACUAUGAUUGGAUAAUUGACACUGGUGCUUCACAUCAUGUUACACCUCAUAAGGAAGUACUAGAUAAUAUAAGAAAGAUUAAAAAUCAGAAUAAUAGUGCUGUACAAGUACCUACAGGGGGAAAUGGUCUCUACAGUGGGAAGGUUCUGGGGAUUGGUAAAGAACACAAUGGCUUAUACUUGUUGAAAAAGGAAAUCAGUAAGGAAUUUCCAGUUAUAGCAGGCAAUGUUGUGCAAGUGCAGGACGAAUCAGCACUAUGGCAUCUCAGGCUGGGUCAUCCUUCAGCUGUUGCAAUGCAACAUAUCCCUCUGCUAAAGAAUAAGAGCUCAUUACCAAAUAGAUUCUGGGGUGACUGUAUUAGGACAUCAGUUUACUUGAUAAACAAAUGGCCAACUUCUGUUUUAUCAGGAAAGUCACCUUAUGAGAUGCUCUAUAAGAAGACAUCAAGAAUUGACCAUCUUAAGGUCUUUGGAUGUUUAUGUUUUGCAAGCACUCUACCUAGAGGAGACAAGUUUGCACCAAGAGCAAGGAGAGUUGUUCUGAUAGGCUAUUUAGAGACUCAGAAAGGUUACAGACUAUAUGAUUUGGAGAAUAGAACAUUUCUAGUAAGCAGAGAUGUUGUGUUUAGAGAACAGGUAUUUCCUUUCAAAGGAAUGGCUUCAGAUUUAGAAGAUAUAUUCCCACAAGAUCCUCCUGCAUUAACACAUAUUGAUAUUCAAACUCAUCCCACACAAAUUGAAAACAUACCUCCAAAUAUUACACACACAGCACCACAAGAGCAUUUGCAUAAGGAAUUGAAUGAGGAGAGUAUAGAUCAGUUGCAACCACUGAAUCGGGAAGAAGCAGACACCAGCAUGAGUUCAGAUUCCUUAGCUGCAAAUAUAGUUGAGGAAACUGAAGAAACCUCACCAGCAGAAGAAGAGAUGAAUGUUAGAAAAUCAGGAAAUUCACAGGAAACAACUUAUCCUAUCUCUCAAGGACUCUCAUAUGUUAACCUCACUACAGGAUAUCAAUCAUACUUAAAGGCUUUCUCAGCAUACGUUGAGCCUAGCUCUUUUAAGGAGGUAGCACAAUAUGACAGGUGGAUUGAGGCAAUGCAACAGGAGAUAACUGCACUAGAAGAGAAUAACACAUGGGAACUGGUAGACUUGCCACCAGGAAAGCAGGCUAUUGGAUCAAAAUGGGUUUAUAAAAUAAAGCAUAAAGCAAAUGGAGAGUUAGAAAGGUUCAAGGCCAGGUUAGUAGCAAAGCGAUACAAUUAG